AUGAAUUCAGCUAAGCCAUCAAGUGACUCGGUUAAAGUGCCCUCCAGCUGUGAAGAACUUUUAAAAGAGGCGGGUCGUCUUGUUAGAAGUUCAACAAGUCCUCAUUCUCCACUUUGGUUGGACGGAUUGGAUUAUCCAGCACAAUAUGUGGUCAGACAAACUCGUAGCAUGACCUCUCGUUUUGAAACUCCUCCUCUUUCUCCUCCCCCUCAUUCACUCGUUGUAUCAAUACCUCGUCACUUGGUUGGGCUUUGCUCAGUCUCUCGGCCACUACAGCUGCCAAAUAAUAUUGAAAGGAUCGACUUUUAUUUACCUGAUGACCGAUUUCUUGAACUAAAACUUCAAAAGUUGCAGGAGAUUCAGAAAGAAAAUGAAAAAGAAGAAAAAUUGAAAAAGAGAAUUGACCAUCAAAACAUCCAAUCUUCAUUAACUAACACUGACGACACUUUGAGGGAUAGCGGCUGUGUUUAUCCUCCUUCGUCCGCCCACAAAGCUCCACCGUGUACUUUUACUAAAUUAAAUGAAACGGAAGCAGAAGAGGCUCGGUCUCUCAUUUCUAUUGGCUCCAUAUCAUUACCAAAAACCAAUAACACCUUCUUAUGGACGGCAAAUGAAAUUGGAUCACGACUUCUGAUAGUGACGGAUAAGUCAAUGGACCUCAUUGGAUUGUCCAAUGAGAAGAAGAGGAGGAGUAUGAACCUGGAGGAGGAGGAGGAGGAGGAGGAGAGAAGUAGUAACUUAUGGAGGAUUCUAGACUCUGUCCCUUUGCCUGCUGGACUGACUGAGAAUGUUCAUUGUUUAGAAUUACACAGUUUGGAUUCUGUUGAUGAUACACUCCUGACCAUAUUAGGAACUGAUGAGUGCUCAAUGAGGAUAUUUAGAAGCCAGAGUGUCUCCUAUGACCUCAAGUUAUUUCAAAAAAACCAGCUUAGAGAUCUCAGUGCAGUGGCCGUGUGUUCAGAUCAAGACAAGGUUACCAUAGCAACAGGAUGGGCGUGUCCCUCCCCAGCACUUCGCCUGUCAGUAGUGACCAUCAGCAAUGAAAGGUCAGGGCCCACUGUAGUGAGUGAGAAGGAACUCCCUUUGGAUGAUCCUGGAGGAGGAGGAGGAGCUCACAGAAUAACAUCAGCUUGUUUUGUGAAUAAAAAAUAUCUCAUUGCUGCUACUGAUAAGAUAUUGAUUUGGGAUAAUGAAUCAGCAUUAUUACUCAAGAAAGUAGAGCUUCACUGUGCUGCUAGUUUUAAUCAAAUGAUGUCCUUAUCAACAUACACUGGAAUGAUACUCAAAGGAUUCUUGGAAUGUCUUCAUCAGAAGUUAUUUCUUGUUGUUUGCUCUAAUCCACCUACUCCUCCAUUAGUCAGCAGCUGCUGCUGGUUGCUAAUGGUAACCAUGACUACUGAAUCUUCUAUAGACUUGGUGUGUGGGUGUGAUGGCUCCAUAGACAAAGCAAUGAUAGUCCGUGCCUACUUGUUGCCAAGGGCCUCUAGUGACAUCAACUACAGGAGGUGUGGAGUUAGGGCUGGUAGUGUGAGUGUAUCAGGUAACUUGUUGACAGCUGGUCUUUCAAACGGAGUGAUAGUUCUAUGGGAACUGAGACAAGAGCUACCGAUUGGAUAUUUUGAAUUCUUUAAAGAUGGAGAAGGUUCAUCUUUCCAGCACUUAUUCCUACCACAAAUCAACACUUUAUUAAUUCACAAUAAUUCUGUCAUCUAUUUAUAUAAAUAUUCAUCAUUAUCCUAACAACUAGUCAAUGGU